AUGUGGGAGCGGUGGCAAUGGUUACCAAGUCUCAUUGCAAUCAUAAUAGCAGUAGGAUGUGGCGGUAAACAUCUGUGGAAGCAGGCCGAGGUGCCACCUCCCACCGCCGCACAGGUCCUGAACUACGGAGGUCUGAUGGCGGGGUACUUCAUCACUUUUGGUGGUAUAGCUUCCGACUUUACCGCGUAUCACAAUCCGAAUAAGACGACCAAACUAAAAAUCUUUUCGUACAUUUACCUCGGAAUAUGGACACCCUCAGUUCCGCUUCUCAUCCUCGGUGCGGCCAUCGGAGGCGCGCUCAACAACGUCCCAGAAUGGAAAGCUGGAUGGGACGCCUAUGGUAUUGGAGGUGUCAUGGCCGCGAUGCUAGCUCCUGCUGGUGGCUUCGGCAAAUUCUUGCUUGUGGUCCUCGCUCUAACGGUAAUCGGUAACAUCGCAACUUCCAUGUACUCGGUUGCACUGUGCAUGCAGAUGAUGCUUCCAGUCUUCACCAAAGUACCCCGAUUUGUCUUCAUCGUCAUCGCCCUGGGAAUUAUGAUCCCCAUGGCCAUCCGUGCCGCUGAGUCUUGGGCAAACUCUCUCGAAAACUUCUUAGGUUUGAUUGGAUAUUGGGCUGGCUGUUUUGACGCUGUUAUUAUUGAAGAGUUGAUCAUCUUCCGGCGUAUGAAUUAUGACUCAUACGAGCAUGCGGCAUGGAAUGUUGCCCGCAUGCUCCCUUCUGGCCUGGCCGCCAUCGGAGCGAGCAUGUUGAGCUUCGGACUAACUAUACCGGGGAUGGACCAGGUAUGGUUCACAGGACCGAUUGCGAGAACGACUGGAGAUAUUGGGUUCGAGUUGGCGUUCGCGGCGACGGCGGUAUUUUACGUCCCUCUCAGGUGGCUAGAGAUCAAACUGCAGGGGCGGGUCUGA